GCGCCUCUAUUUUGAGCCGUCUGGUGCGUCGCGUGCUCUCGGCGAUUUUGCUCUCCGUUUUUUUUCCGACUCCUUUUUCCACUUCGACUCUGCUACGUCUAACACCCGCCACACACUAAACAAGAAGGAACCCCCCUAAAAUUGUAUACGUCUCUCUCUCUCUCUCUGUGUGUGUGUGUGUGUCUGUGUGUGUGCGUACAUGUGCGCGCGUGUGUGGCUAUCCACCGCGAAGAAUCUGCCCACCUACCCCCCACCGCCCUCCUUCGACUCCAACUACAACGUGCCAAUGAUUGUCGUCGGCUAAGCAGCGCAAAAAAGGGGGGACCUUUUUUUUUUUGUUUUGUUUUGACUAUCGCCUCUUUUUUUGGGGGAGCAACCCACAAAAAAAAGGAGAUCCAACGAGAAGCAAAAAAAAAAACAAUAGCGGAAAAAAACAAACAAUAAAAUUACGUAGUAAUUCCGACGAGACGCAAAAGCCAAGCAGCAGCAGUGGAUCUUUUUAUUUUAUUUUUAUUUUUUUGCGGUGACGACAGAUUGUUGUCAUUGUUCAUCCUUCUUCCAGACACGUCACCACCUUGCACACCGUAAUUCCUCCACUAUAAAAAUUAAUGGACAAAAGUGGAGGGGCAUCGUUGAUCAAUUGUAGUGAAAUCAUCUGGUGGAGUACGAGGGGAAGAGGAUAAAAGAAAACAAACAAACAAAAAACAAAAAAAUUAAAACAAGAAGAAUUUCACUCUGAACGAGUGACAUCACAUUUUGGAAGUGUCCGAAAGACGGAGAAGAAGGGUCGGCGGAGGCGCGGGCGGCGGCGGAGCUGAGUUUGGCAUCAGCGGCACCACCACCAUCAACAGCAACAGCAGCAACAACAGCAACAUGGGACGGAAAAAAAUUCAAAUUUCGCGCAUCACCGACGAACGAAACCGACAGGUGACAUUCACCAAGCGCAAGUUCGGUCUGAUGAAGAAAGCCUACGAGCUGUCGGUGCUGUGCGACUGCGAGAUCGCUUUGAUCAUCUUCAGCAGCUCCAACAAGCUGUUCCAGUACGCCUCCACAGACAUGGACAAAGUGCUGCUCAAAUACACCGAAUAUAACGAGCCGCAUGAGUCGAGAACUAACAACGACAUUGUAGAGGCAUUGAACAAGAAAGAGCACAAGAACGGCGGUUGUAGUCCCGACAGUCCCGGUGAGGAUGUCGACGCCACCGAUUACACUCUGACGCCUAGGACCGAGGCUAAAUACAACAAAAUUGACGAAGAAUUUCAAAUGAUGAUGCAACGCAAUCAACACCUCAACGGCGCCCAGAGAAGUGGCGGCUAUACGAUGCCCGUCUCGGUGCCCGUCAAUCCCGGACCUUACGGAGACCCUGGCUCCAUGUUACACGCCAGCCCGCAAAUGGUGGGCGGCCAUUCGAGUGUCAGUCCGCGGCCGUCGUCUUCUUCAGGGAUGCUGGACGUUGGUGGCAGCAACAAUGGCUACGGCUCUAGCCAACCGGCCAGUUCUCCCAUACCGGAGAGUCCUACACCGCCGCCACCUCAGUCGGCGCUCAGGAGUUCCAGCUCGAUGGCCAACCGGUCCCUCUCGCCGCAACAACAGCAACACCUUGCUGGCUCUCAGCGACAUAAUUUGAGGCUAGCCAUACCUGGCAAUCAAGCCGGACUUGCCAUAUCUAGCCACGAUAGAGGUGGAGGAGGCGGUGGAGGGAACAGCAGUUUGAACACGCCCGUCGUUCCACUGCAGACUGCUGGUUUGUCUGGAUUGUAUCAAUCCAGUUAUUCUGGUCACGGUGGUGUAGGAGCUCAAGGUCAACCUGAUUUCAAUUUACCUUCCGACAUGGUACUCACCUCUUUGCACGCCGUUCACUCCGGAUGGGGUGCCGCUCCGCCGACAGGCUCCGGCAAUAGUAACUCCUCCUCUUCUUCCGGCGGUAUAGUUCACCAUACCGGCCACCUGUCCAACAAUCUUCAUUUAGGGUCCUUGUCCCAUUUGGCAGUGCCCAAUACGGGCUCUCAGCGCCCGCCCAGCGCGCCUCUGUCACCGUCACCGGUGGCGCUCAAAAUCAAAAGUGAGCCUAUAUCCCCGCCUCGGGAAGCCAUGAUCCUUCAGGGAGGAGGUAUGGGCAGUGGAUUGGGACCUUCAAUGGCGCCACUGCCAACCGGUAUGAGUCUAAUGCAGCGUCCUUCAUCGUCAUCGGAUCAUCAUUUGUCACCGUCUGGUCACCUCACCCCAACAGGGUCAUCGCCAGAUCCAGGUCAUCAUAGCCAUUCAGAGUACGAUUCGAUGCCGUUACACAAAAGACCUCGAAUCGCUGAAGGCUGGGGAGCAUCUUAAACAGAUUGACUCCAAAGAAAAGAAAAGAAAAAAAACAGACAAAACAAAACAAAACAAACGCGAGAAAACAAACAUCGCCCAGCAAACCCAACAACCAAACUCAACAUCCAGUACCCAUGGAUCGGGGAAAUCAUUUUGUUUGCAAACUCUUUUCCCUCUCUCUCUCUCGCUCGCUCGCUCGCAGACUCUCUUUGUUGUGCAUCUCCCUCGGACGGAAACACAAACACACACACACACACACAUGCACACAUAUAAGUCAGGAAACAAUUCUUUUUCGAUAAUAUUAUUAUUAUUAUUAUUAUAUAUAUAUUUUUUUUCAUCUUCCUUUAGAUGGGCAAAUGGAGCGGGGUGGGGGUGGGGUCAGUAAAAACAAUUACAGCAUUUCUCAGUGAAACACAACUUUAAAAACCCGAUUUCUGUGGGUCUUGCUCCAGCCAUCGCUGUGCACAUUGGUCAUGAAAGAAACUUUUGCACAUUUUGGAUUUGCUUUUGAAUCAAUGUUUCGAUGGCGCCAAAGAUCCUCAAAAGUUUGAAAAGACGCAACAGUUAUCCACACACCCUCCCCCCUUCUAAUCCUGUACCUAAAUUUUCGGACAAGUGAUCAGUGAUAGUGCCUGAAAGACUGCGAAAAGAUUGCGAGAGAAGACAAACAAAGAAAAAAAGUGACAAAUUAAGAGUAUAUGUAGAACUAGAAGAUUAUGUCAUAAGAAAAAUGGGACACUGCACAAGCGGAUAUGAGACACAUUUUUGCUCCCCCUUCCCCCUUCAAAAGCAAAAAGAAAACUUGUAGGAAAUCUGUGUAAUUAUUAUUUUUUUUUUCUAACUCUUUCAUAUUUCCCUCUCUCACUGGGAUGGCAUUUCUUAAUUGGCAGCACAAAAGAGGAAAAAAACAAAAAUGGUUGUGAGAAAGAAAAAAAAAAAAAAAAAAAAAACGUUGAUUAAAGACAAGUGAAGAAGAGACCAAAAAGAAAUUGGAAAGAGAUUUUUUUCUUUUAUUUUUUUUCUUUUUCAAAUGCGUGGGAAACAAUUUGACUUUGCUAACAGACAAUUCACGCCAAUUGUUCUUGCCUCUCGGCAAAUGGCAUUUGAUUGUUGUACUCAUUGGAAAGAGCUAUUUUAGUUAUCAGAAGUGCCUCCACACAUUUGCUAUUUGUUGUAACGCUAUCAUUAUGACCCUAUCUUUUUUUUUUCUCGUUAUUUAUUUAUUAUUUUUUCAUCAUUAAUUUGAUUUUAAUUUUUUUUGUUGUGGGCCAUUUUCUUUUUCUAUCAAAAGAGAAGCCACAAAACGGGCCGACAAUUUUUUUUUCUUUUCUUUAUUAUUAUUGUUCAAUCGAAAAAAUGAGGCAGGUCUCUUUCUUUUUGUCUGUGGCGGUUUUAUUUGUGAAACUGGUCAAAUAUUAUUGGCCCAGGGCCGCGCUGUGUUAGAAAUCAAUAUGUGUGCGUAUUUUUUUUUUUAUUAUGAUAUGUAUAUAUAUAUAUACAUUUUUUUCUGUCAAAGACAAAAAGUUCAAUCCUGCUGCGUGCUUUAUGUUUCUCUUUCGUUCUUAUCGAGAGAAACAUAUUUUUAAAAAUGUCGAUUAUGAAUGAUUGAACAAGCGAAAUACCCCAAGAGUAGUUUCUUUCUUUCUUUGUUUUCAUGGGGCAUUGGCGUUUCGAAAAUUGUUUCAUAAAUCAAACACAAACUAUGGCCAAAACAGAAAUUUCAUUUUAGAUAAAAAAAAAAAUGCAUCCGUCAUCUGCGAUCGGUUCAAUUUUUUUGCCAUCGGUAAUGAUAACGUGCACCGAUUGAGGAGCGUCUCUUCCCAGUUCAAACCAAAACUUUUUUCUUUCCCACUUUUUCUUCAAUUCAUUUUUAAAAAAACAUUUUUGGCAAUGACUGACUUGUUUUGUGUCUUUAAUUAUUACAAAAGUGAUGUGAGAUACUUUGAUUGAUGCCCAGUACCUUAUUGCCGAGAGGAGAACGCAACUCGAGAACGAGAGUGAGAGAGAGUGAGAGAGAGUAUUCGCAGUUGGGUGUGGUCCUAUUUUUGCUAAAUAUUUUCGUACUUUUUUUUUUUUCUUUCCUCGUCACCCGAUUGUCGCGUUAAAGGACAGUGGUGAUUACAAUGCUCAAAAAUUCAAAAAAAAAACACAAAAAAAAGGAAAUUCAGACAUGAAAAAAAGCGCGGCUUCGUCGAUCCCGUUUCUGAAAUUUCAACAGAAUAUGGGGGAGGGUGUGUGUGUGCGUGCGUGCUCUAGUUAUAAUUAUUUCAAGCCGAGUUCUAUCAACUUGCGCUUAGCGUGUGCCUGUUUUUCUUCGUCCUGUUCCCUAUCCAUUUGUUUUCUCUUGUAAUUGUGCGGGUGCUUGAGAUCUUUCUUCACCGAUGACAACGUUGCCAACGCCAAUGUGAAUUCACCAACCAAAACAGUUUAUUUUUUUGCUGAUGACUUGAUCAUAUCUUUCAGUUCGUCUUGAAAAACAUCUGUUGCCUCAAAAGAAGUCCACUCCCACUACCCCCCGCCCUCCCCCACUCCACAUUGAUAUCAAAUGUGCGUGCCGUUUCUACUCUCUCACCGUCCUUCUCCCUUUCAAAUUUCCCGCCCAUACGCAAAAUAUAUAUGAAUAUGGAAUAUAUAUUUACGCACACACACCUCCCCGUGUAUAAAAUUUAAAAAAUCGUAACAAAAAAUGGCCUUUCAUUUCUCGAUAAAGAAAACAAAAUUUUUCUCCGCCUAUGAAAUCCCUCCCCUCCAUCCUUAGAUAUACAUUUAUAUAUAUAUAUUGUAUCAUUGUGUUUUCUUUUUCUACUAACUCCCUCUUCUUUUCCUUCUGUCAAUAAUUUUGCCAAAAAAAACAAAAAAAAAAAAUGCGAAAUUACGACAACAAUCAUCAAGUGUGGUAAUCGUCAUUACAAAGCAAAACGAGAGGGAGUAAAAAAAAAAGAAAACAAAAAAAAAAAUGAAUUUCUUUUGUUCAUUUGUAAUUUCAACCAAAUGAGAAAAUGUUGUGCUGCUCUAUGUAUUUUUUUUUUUUUUUUGUUCGUUUGUUUGUUCUUUUUAGUACGAGUUUUGAAUUUUCGAAGUUGAGUCGCGUCGUGUUCUGUUAUUAUUAUAUCAUCAUCGGUAGUGCUGUGUUGUUGUGUUCAUUUACAUCUUACGACCAAUAGUUGGAUUUUUUGCCCCUUAUCCCUUUUCUAUUUUUUUUUUUUUUUUUGCCCCCUCCUGAAAAUGGAUUUGCUAUUGUAGUACGAGUGUGUGCGAGUAACUGGUUUUAAUUUUGUUUGUUCAUUUCUUUAUUGCGAGCGCCUUCGAAUGUCAUCAGACGCAAUCAAUGGCUCCCGAUUAUUGAUCAUCAUGGCGAGAAACCCCACCCUCCCCACUCUGUGUGUGUGUGUGAUCGUGUUCGAGUGUUUGGCCGUGUUAUAAAAUACAUUCAAACAGAUAUAAAUAAAACAAAAGACUUGAAAAAAAAAAAUGUUGAAAGAAA